GCGGUAUAUUAAAUCAUGCUCAAAAAUGACGCUCGUGUUUCCAUUGACAUCGCGCGAUUUUCGAAAUUAAAAGAAUCGUAUUAGCUGGGCUAUUUCGUUACGAGUUAUACUCGGAAGUUUAAAUAUGGCGGAUAGCGGCUGAAUUGUUUGCGGUGUGCAAAUUACAAUUUCGGCAAAAUUGGUUGUGUUACUAUCAUGUACGAAUAUCCGACAGACAGUACAAUUACGAGUUCAUCGCAGGUGUUCAGUCAAGCAAAUGGAUCUCAUUGCCAAAUACCAAGUGACAUCUUCAUUAAGCAGGAGUACAUUGACUAUUCGUUCUGCGAUGAAUUCCUGCCGUAUUGUGAGCCAUCCAGUUUUGGAGAACGGCUGAGUUCCGUAAAUUCUAAGAUGGGGUCCAAUUUUAAACUGGAGAAUGGAGACAUAACGACCAUCACAAUACCAGAAGAUGAACUUAAUUCCGUGAACGCACAGCUGGAUGCCAUACUGGAAGCGGAGAGGGUGUGCUGUCCAGCACCCCUGCUGGUGCCUAAGAAGGAGCCGGUGUCUGUAGAGUGUGGAGUGACAAACGACACGAAGCCGGAGACUGCAGCAUUGGUUCCACUUAUACCAAAGGAAGAACCAAAUCUUCAAAUACCAGGAGUACCUGUUCAAGACCUAUUUUAUCUCUGGCAGCUGAUGGUUAAUGUUUUUGGCAUUCACAUUUUGAAAGACAAUAUGGCAUUUAAUUACCUUUAUUAUGAAGGAGUCGCCCACACAGGUCCUAAUGAAGUGUGCACUUUAUUGUUUGUCCAGGACAUCAGUGAAAACCGAAGCGGAAUCCAGAACAGAGGCUCGAGUGGCAACCUAGCUGCCGGGCUGUUUCCUACCUCACUGCACCUCCCGGGACCGCAGGCCGACGGCCGACACCGCUGCGUCAGCUGCGAGGCGUCGUUCGAGACGGCGGCGGCACUCGAGGUGCACGCAAAGUCACAUGCCGGUGACCUGCGCUGCGGAGUGUGCGCGCGGCCGUUCCUCCGUGCAGACAAGUUGCGGGCACACGCGCGUGUGCACACCGGUGAGCGGCCGUACCGCUGCGGUGUCUGCGGCAAGUGCUACAAGCAGUUUGACUACCUCAAGAUCCACGCACGCGUGCACACGGGCGAGCGGCCGUACGCGUGCGACUCCUGUCCCAAGACGUUCGCGCGCGCCGAUAAGCUCAAAGUGCACCGCCGCGUGCACACGGGUGAGUGCCCGUACCGCUGCCAGGCAUGCGGACGUGCCUUCAAACGGCUCGACAACCUCAAGUCGCACUCUCGCGUACACACAGGCGAGCGGCCCUUCGGCUGCCGCACCUGCGGUAAGGCUUUCGCGUCCUACGAGAAGCUCAAAGUCCACUCUCGUACGCACACAGGCGAGCGACCUUAUGCCUGUGAGGUAUGCCAGAAGACGUUUGUCAGCUCAGGUAACCUGCACGAACACCGGCGGGUGCACACGGGUCGGAAGCGCUACUCGUGCGGUGUCUGUGGCGACUCGUUCGGCACGGCCGGCCGGUUGAGGGUGCAUUCGCGUUCCCACGUCUACCUAGCCACAGCCGUAGUUGAAGCCGUGCAGGCCCUGGUGUGAGGGACACGGGUUCUUGACGAUGACAGUGUGUUCUGUGCACCUCACAGUCCUACCGGUGCAGCUCGCAGAGUACGAAACCUCGUGGAACACCACAUCACUUACUACGGUUAGUGACUCUGAGUCAAUUCGCACAUCGCUGAGCUUGUCGGAGUGCACAUAAAAUAACUUGGCCCGUACCUGCAUGAAUGGCACUGAGAGAUUUCAUUAGGGCAAACAACCUUUGCACUUUGGGGAUUUGCAGUUUGACCUACAAAUGCACACGUCACAUAAUUCGUAAGCUACUGUCAGUGAACAAUGGUAUUAACAGGUUGUGUCAGUGUCGUUGUGGUUUUCAGUUGGAAACUGGUUUAGUGCAGCUCUCCACAUCUAUCCUGUGUAAACCUCAUCUCUGCAUAUCUACUGCACCCUAAAUCUAGUUGAACAUGCCAACUGUAGUCCAGCAGUCACACUUCCUUCCAUUACCAAAUUGACAAUUCCUUGAUGCCUCAA